ACAACAACAGUCAGUAGCUGAUAAGUGAAGAGUUAAAAAGAGCAGGCUUAAAAGCUGACUUAACGUCCAGCGGAGCGCGGCUGAACUGUGACACCGAGCAGCGAGGUUCUGUUCCGUGUAGUUUGUUCGGUUUGUCGAGUUCGCCGCAGCUGAAAAUGAGUAUUAUUGGAAACACAAACACAGAUUUAUACCAUGAAUGCGCCGCCGGGGACAUUGGAGACAACGAAACUGCUCCAUUAUUAUCAAAUGGAUCAGUGCAGACCAGGGCCAAAGGAGCUUCCUUCACCUCAUCUGUGUUUAACCUGAUGAAUGCCAUCAUGGGCAGUGGCAUACUGGGUCUAGCUUACGCUAUGGCUAGCACUGGCAUAGUUGGAUUCUGUAUUCUGUUGGUGCUAGUGUCUAGCCUGGCGGCGUUCUCUGUCCAUCUCCUUCUGAAACUAUGUGACCAAACAGGCAUCAAUUCAUAUGAAGAUCUUGGAGGGAGAGCCUUGCGAAAACCAGGAAAAUAUCUGGUUGGAGUUGCCAUUCUCAUCCAAAAUAUCGGUGCCAUGUCAUCCUAUUUGUUCAUCUUGAAGUCAGAGCUUCCUACAACCAUAAGCAGCUUCCAGAACCCAGACAACACAGGAAAUGCCUGGUACGAUGAUGGCAGGUUGCUUCUGAUCCUAUUCACACUCUGUAUUGUUCUACCCUUGUCAAUAUUGCCAAAAAUUGGCUUCCUGGGAUACACCAGUAGCAUCGCUUUCUUCUUCAUGCUGUACUUUGCAGUAGUGGUAAUGGUCAAGAAAUGGUCCAUCCCCUGCCCACUGCCUCUCAAUGUGACUUCAGGAGCCUUUCAGGUAUCGAAUUCCACUGACUCAGAGUGUACGCCCAAACUCUUUGUCUUCUCCAGCGAGAGCGCCUACGCAAUCCCCACCAUGGCCUUCUCCUUCCUGUGCCACACAGCUAUCCUGCCGAUCUACUGUGAACUGGACCGACCUACUAAGGCCAGGAUGCAGAAUGUUACUAAUGUCAGUAUUAGCCUCAGCUUCAUGGUUUACCUCGUUUCUGCACUGUUUGGCUACCUCACCUUCUUCGCAAAUGUGAAGUCUGAGUUGUUGAUUGGCUAUGAUGCGUACAUGCCGCGCGACAUUAUGGUGAUGACGGUUCGGCUGGCCAUCCUCCUCUCUGUGUUGCUGACUGUACCACUUAUUCAUUUCCCCGCCCGUAAGGCGUUGAUCUUGCUGCUCUGUGGAGGACGUCCUUUCUCAUGGCUGAUCCACAUCAUUGCCACUAUGUCCAUCCUGGGUGUGGUGCUGAUGCUGGCCAUCUUUGUCCCUGAUAUCAGAAAUGUGUUUGGAGUAAUAGGAUCGACAACAUCUAGCUCUCUGUUGUUUAUUUUCCCUGGAAUCUUCUACCUUAAGAUCAGCAGACAACCCCUCAGUUCCUUUGACUCCAUUGGGGCUAUACUGUUGAUGGUCUUUGGCUUCAUUAUGGGAAUCACCAGCUUUUCGGUCAUCGUUAUCACAUGGGCACAGAGCUCUUAACCCCCUCUCUCCUUCCAAAUCAAGCACUAGAGCAAACCCUAACCCUAACGUGCCAAAGAAUCUGAGUACUGGACCUAUUCUUACUGAUUCGUACUGAUCAGCAUCACCUCAGGCAGAUUAUUUCUAGUAGAGUUGUUCUCCAGUGUUUUUUUCUGUAUUUAUAUAUCAAAAACACUGACCAAACGUAGUAUGUAUGAGCCAAAACAAAAACAUAGAAUUUUCCUGUUGUACUCACAAAUUUUUCAGGUCUUUUCUAAAUGUUGACAUUAAUACCCACUUCUGGUUAAAACUUUGUAUUUUUAAUCUACCUAAAACAAAAGAUUACUGUGUCAGAAAAAUCCAAGAACGUGUCAAGCAAUUUGCCCAUUGUCUUUUAAAAAUUUUUUAUUGUAAUCUUCUUAUAGCCAUUGUUUUGUUCUGUGUGGAUGAUCAUGCACCUUAUCUAUACAAUCAAACGUGAAAAAUGUUUCUGACCAAGUCUGUGUCAAUUUUAUUGCUCUCUUAAAAAUGUUGUUCUUGACACAUUCACAUUUUUAGUAUAUCAAAGUGACUAAUUUACAUUCCCUGAUUUCUGAUCAGUGUAAAAGUUGUUUUGAUUUUAAUCACUUUAUUGUUUUUGCAUUUGUAUUUGAAUCUUUUUGUCUUUUAAUCCAUGUGUCGAUUUGACACUCCACUUACAGUAAAAACCUCAGGUUGAUAUGAUUCUGCUGCUACUUUGUAUGCUUUAAUGAAUUUGUUUUUGUAUGGAGCAGUUAACUCCAAUGUAUUCCACGUGGUGGUGGUGGUGGUAGUAAUGUAAAAUAUUGUAAUUCUUCAUAUUACUGGCAUUUAAUAAAAGGGAGAUUGUCAGCUGCUUCAUUUAACCACUAAAAAAUGUCUUUAUCAGUGUUGUGGACAGCUCUUUGGUCUAUCUUGUCAUAUUAA